UAAACCGCAGUGCCGUGCGAAGUGAGACGAGGCAGAGGCUUUGGACGGCAGAAGCCGGGGCCGUCGGUAGAUGGCGGUAACCCAAGAAACCUGAUCCACCGGGUUCUCGGGCACUCUGUCUCAGUUUGCAGCACUCGCACUGAAGGCAGAGGAGCUUGAACACUUUGAAGGACAUAAAAAAAAGGAAAAGGCAAGAAAAAAAAAGAAAACACACUGGAGAGCUCACGGCGGGUCCCCCUCGAGUUUAGCGCGCAGCCCUCCCGAGCAGGAGACGGAACGCUUUGCCACAGAGAAAAACGGCAAGACUAAAAACACCAUGGAAGACAAAUCUAAUUCGUUCUCCAGCAGCAAGGAGGAGAAGGCUGAUGGGAAUAAUGUUUUUCAGAGGCAAGACUCGAUACAGAAAAAUAACACGGGGAGCCAGAACAUGAAGGACCACGGCAACUCAGUGGGCUUCAAGGGGGAGCGGGAAGAGGCCAUGGUCGGUUUUGAUGAUCUGGAGGGGGCGGCCAGGCAACAUGGUUUUAUGCAGAGGCAAUUUGGGGCCAUGAUGCAGCCCGGAGUCAAUAAGUUCUCCUUGCGUAUGUUCGGCAGUCAGAAAGCCGUGGAGAAAGAGCAAGAGAGGGUUCAAACGGCCGGAUACUGGAUCAUUCACCCGUAUAGCGAUUUUAGGUUCUACUGGGACUUGAUAAUGCUCAUCAUGAUGAUGGGGAAUCUAAUCAUCAUUCCUGUGGGAAUAACCUUCUUCUCAGAGCAGACUACCACCACCUGGCUGGUCUUCAAUGUGGCCUCAGACACCAUCUUCCUGGUGGACCUGGUCAUGAACUUCAGGACGGGGAUCGUCAACGAGGAGAGCUCCGAGAUCAUCCUCGACCCCAAGGUCAUCAAGAUGAAUUACCUAAAGAGCUGGUUCGUGGUGGACUUCCUCUCCUCCAUUCCAGUGGAUUAUAUCUUUUUAAUAGUAGAGAAAGGCUUUGACUCGGAGGUAUAUAAAACAGCUCGAGCUCUGCGAAUCGUCCGCUUCACCAAGAUCCUCAGUCUUCUGCGUCUGUUGAGACUGUCCCGACUCAUCAGAUACAUACAUCAGUGGGAGGAGAUUUUCCAUAUGACCUAUGACCUGGCCAGCGCAGUGGUAAGAAUAUUUAAUUUGAUAGGGAUGAUGCUGCUUCUGUGUCACUGGGAUGGCUGUCUGCAGUAUCUGGUGCCUCUCCUCCAAGACUUCCCCCCUGACUGCUGGGUGUCCCUAAACGGUAUGGUUAAUGUUUCCUGGGGUAAGCAGUACUCUUACGCCCUCUUCAAAGCCAUGAGCCACAUGCUGUGCAUCGGGUAUGGUGCCCGUGCACCCGUCAGCAUGUCUGACCUGUGGAUCACCAUGCUGAGUAUGAUUGUAGGCGCCACGUGCUACGCCAUGUUUGUGGGACAUGCUACAGCUCUAAUCCAAUCACUGGACUCUUCACGCAGGCAAUACCAGGAGAAGUACAAGCAAGUGGAGCAAUACAUGUCCUUCCACAAGCUUCCAGCAGACAUGCGGCAAAAAAUCCAUGACUACUAUGAACAUCGCUACCAAGGCAAGAUCUUCGAUGAGGACAACAUCCUGAGUGAACUCAACGACCCACUCAAAGAGGAAAUUGUCAACUUCAAUUGCCGUAAACUUGUGGCCACCAUGCCUUUGUUUGCCAAUGCAGACCCCAAUUUCGUUACGGGGAUGCUGAGCAAGUUGAAGUUUGAGGUCUUUCAGCCCAACGACUACAUUAUCCGAGAAGGCACUGUUGGGAAGAAGAUGUAUUUCAUUCAACAUGGUGUUGCAAGCGUCAUCACCAAGUUCAACAAGGAGAUGAAGCUGACAGAUGGCUCCUACUUUGGAGAGAUCUGUCUGCUCACCAAGGGCAGACGGACCGCGAGCGUGCGUGCAGACACCUACUGUCGACUCUUCUCCCUCUCCGUUGACCAUUUCAAUGAGGUGCUAGAGGAGUACCCCAUGAUGCGACGCGCUUUUGAAACUGUGGCCAUUGACCGACUGGACCGCAUUGGGAAGAAGAACUCCUUGCUGCUGCAGAAGUUUCAGAAGGACCUGAAUGCUGGCGUUUUCAACACACAAGAGAACGAGAUAUUGAAGCAGAUUAUUCGUCAGGACAGGGAGAUGGUGAUGAUGGUGGACCGCAAGCAGUCAGUGACCGGGAUGAACUCAACACCAAUGUCAGGAAACUCUAUCAUUAACUCACCAGCCCAGCCGCCCUUCCCCACUGCUUUUGGCACCAGUCAGCUCCAGCAGUCCUCCGCACCUGUAACCUACAGUGCUUCAGCUAUUGCCAACGCUUCUGCUGCCCGCAUGCUGCCAGCCGCUGCCGCCGCCGCUGCUGCAGCACAGGGGGUUUAUCCUGCUCCCAGUCUUUCCCACAGUAACCUGAAUUCUUCCACACUCCAGCAAGGAGCGAUCAUGUCCCCCUGCUCCUUCACGGCUGCCAUGUGUAGUCCGCCCGUGCAGACCCCUCUGGCCAGCCGGAGCUUCCAGUAUGGCUCACGCACAGCCUCCCAGCUGUCGCUUAUCCAGCAGCCCAUUGCCCAACCAUCUCUACCCACGCAGCAACAGCUUCCCCAGCAGCCUGCUGCGUCAACUGCACCCUCAACCUCUGCACCACAGCAGCAACAACAGCAGCAGCAGCCGUCACCUCAGCAGCAGGUCCCGUCCCCUCAGCGGGGGGACAUCCAGAAGGGAGCACAGGCUCUUCAGUCAGGCAGCUUGAGUCGCGAUGUUAGACACUUAUCGGCUUCCCAACCAUCACUGCCACAUGACACAUCUCUGGGGCCGAGAGCACACCCGGCCUCAGGGGACUCUUUGGCCUCCAUCGUGCCGCCGACGGCGGCAGCGAUCCAGGGGAUGAAUCUGCAAAGCGGCAUCCGCACCACAGUGCCCCAGCGGGUCAAUUUAUUCCGCCAGAUGUCCUCAGGAGCGUUGCCCCCAGUGCGCUCAGCGGCGGCGGCAGCGGCGGCGGCUGCAGCAGUGGCAGCAGGGACAUCAUCAUCAUCUUCAUCUUCGACCCAGCACAGAGAAUCCCCCGGAUCUAGGAGAGAUUCUGUCCUGAGCAGUACAGAGACUGAACAAGACAAAAUGCGUUUUGCCUCCAAUUUAUGAUCCCAUUUUCCCACUGUUCAUUUUUUAAACUUAAAUAUGUUUCAAUUCAUUUUUGAAAAUGGAGAUACAACAAAAGAGAUGAAAGUGAGGAACUUUAGCGUUUUUGUUUCUCUCCAGUUUUCUUCUAAAAUAACCUCAUAGAAAUCCUGUACAUACAAGCCCUUGUAUUAUAUUUUAGACACAUUGUCUCCCUAAACUUAAGAAUGUAUAUUAUACAGAUACAUCUCUCUUAUGUUUCACAUUAUAUAUAUAUACACAUAUAUAGAUAUAUAUAUAUAUACAGAAAUAUCUAUUUAUGUGUAUGUAUGUACACGUUUGUAUAUAUACUGCUGUGUGUAUGGAUGUGUGAGAGCGUGUGUGUCUGUGUGUGUGUGCAUGUGAACGUGUGCAUAAAAUCCAACUAGAACAUUCGGCAAUGGCAAUUUAAAAGCUGUAGUAUAAACAUGAGUCUUCCUUUCUAAGAAAUAUAAAGAAUUAUACAAUGUACGAUUUUUUUUAUUUUUUUUCCCCUUUCUGCUUUCUCUUUCUUUUUUUUUUACUUGAAUGCAUUGUGGAUUCUGACAAUGUCUAUUUCUUUUAAUUUUUUUUUACCACUGAGGAAGAGACAAAUUAUCUUCUCCUAUUAAGCAGCUUUAGUCACCACUGUGGAAUAAUAAAUGCAAUCAGCUCUGACAAAUAAUUUCCAAAAGCACACACAUAAAAUGAAUCUCAACUUUAAUUUCAGAAAUCACUGCAGAUUCAGUAACUAAGUGUUAUGUUGCUCCCAGGAACAAAAUUACAGUCUGUUGAGCCACUCCAUCCCCAUGGCGGCUCACAUGCAAACCAUGACAGUGUUAUGGGUCCAAAGGGAAUAGAUAAUAGAAAUGCUGCUUUCUUUGUUUGUUUUCGAGGAGAAUGGAGUGUGGAGAAAGAUUUGGAUGGAUGCUAUUGUUUUCUAUUUCUAAUUUCCAAUGGCUGAGAUGUUAUGUAAUGUUGCUUAAAAAUUCUGUGUAUAUUUAUAAUAUUUAUAAACUAAAGAUUAUCACCAUUAUGCAAUAGACUGUGACAUAAAGAUUAUCUAUAUGUGUGCUGUAAAUAGUUUUGUAGAUCUAGUAUUUAAAGAUACUGUGUGGUGCAUUCUCUAUCAUAACAAUGUCUUACUUCUAUCAGGAACCUGGAUAUCAUCUAUAUGCGAAAAAGGUUAAGUGACAAAAUACACAUGUUUCAUAAGAGAUAAACAAACCUUAAUGCAAUAGCUAGCACUACUUGACGCUGAGAAAUGCCCGAUUGGAGGACAUUUAUGAAUCCCUAUCGCUCUCUCUGUAUGCUAUCCUACUCUUAAAUGUAUUUUUUUCAUUCAACAUCAAGUGAACAUAUACAGUAUUUACCAACACUAUGAAAUGUUUUUUCAAAGUCGUCCUACUGAGAGUUAAUGUGUCUUUUCAAAGCCCCGUUACCUAAAACUGCUGAGGAUCAUUUUAAGAAUGAUUCUGCUUUAUUCUACGGUCAAAUUGAUAAUUUUGUGAAUUGAUAAGAAAAAAUGAAAUGAGGUUCAAAUUUUUCUUUUUCUUUAUCAGAACAAUUUUUUACUACUGUUUAAAUUCUUGCUCGCUCACCUGCUUCUUGAGUAACGCUGUACUGUACGCUGUCAUAUCGCAAUUACUGUAGUUGAGGAACCGGGCACAACAUUUUUUCUACACGUAUGUCAUAGGUUAAAACAUCAGGUUUCCAGUUACUCAAGUGUGCAGAGGAGGUACGUUUGUAUCCAGAGGUGCUUUUGUGCUGCUGCAAGUCAGAAAAAGAAAAUGCUGGUUUGCAUUAAGGUUUCUGUCUCGUGUAAAUCCAUUAUGUGGGCUUAGCCACUGGAAGCUGACCUGGACUGAUGCGAGGUCGAGCCAGAAUAUUGUGACUCUCAGGGCGUUCUGAAUAUUUGAAUUUAACAAUAGCCAAAGUAUUUGAUGACUCAAGGAGCCAGACAUUACGGCUUUCCGACCAUUUGCCUGCACAUACAGAGGAUUGUGUGUGUGCACGAGGCCCCUUCUGCGGCCCUCUGCAGGCUCUCCAUUAGGAGUCAUAGUUUUCAUGGCAGUCAAACGUCCCAUCAGUUCAAAGUGACUAAGCCCCCUUGAGAUACCAUUUUAAAAAGAUUACGAGUCUUCGCUACAGAUUGUGUCGAUAGUGUACCAAUACAGUCAACCCACCAAAUGUCAUGAAAGCAUGCACUGUCACAAAUACUUAAAAAGAUACUAUCUCAAAAAUGUUGACGUUAAAUGUAAUGUAAGAUUAUGUUUUGUUCAUUGUCUGUCUGCCUAGACGUUAUCUGUGUGUGAACAGAAGCAUUGACUUUUCACAUGGACAUUCUUAAGUAUUUGUGCCUAAACUAUAGCCAUGUUCCAUCCUUUGUUAUGAGCGUGAGCCUGGUGCAUA